AUGGUCGAUAUGGACGCAAACACUCUAGAUGCAUUAGUAAAUUUUUGCUACUCUGGUGAAAUUAAAAUUACUGAUGUUAAUGUCCAGAACAUUCUUCCAGCGGCUUGCUUGCUUCAAUUGAAUGAAGUUCAGGAAGUUUGUUGUGAAUUCUUAAAAAAGCAGUUGGAUCCGUCAAACUGCUUAGGGAUUCGCGCCUUUGCCGACACACACGCAUGCCAAGAAUUGUUGCGAAGCGCAGACAAGUACACUUUGCAUAACUUCCAGGAUGUCGUCGGGACAGAGGAAUUCCACCUACUUCCAGUUAACCAAUUAAUCGAUCUUAUAUCUAGCGAAGAGCUUCACGUUCGCUCAGAAGAACAAGUCUUUGCGGCUGUUGUGCAAUGGGUACGAUUUGAUUUACCAUCACGCAAGCAGUACUUAUCUAAGUUACUAGAACACGUAAGACUGCCGUUGUGCCAUCCCAAAUUCCUGGUUAGUACGGUUAGUGAAGAUGCUCUGGUAAAAGCUGAUGCCGCUUGUCGUGAUCUCGUUGAUGAGGCGAAGAAUUACCUACUUUUACCACUUGAGCGACCGAAUAUGCAGGGUCCUCGAACUCGCCCUAGGAAGCCUAUUAAGUUUGGAGAAGUCCUUUAUGCAGUUAAUGGAAGUGUUCUAGUGGGUGGAUGGUGUAGCGGGGACGCUAUAGCGUCGGUAGAACGUCUUGAUCCGGGUAAGGCAAUUCCAGUAUGGCAAUGUGUUGCUCCAAUGAGUAAGCGAAGAUGUGGUGUAGGGGUGGCUGUGGUGGACAAUCUACUGUAUGCUGUUGGUGGUCAUGACGGGCAAACGUACUUAAAUAGUAUUGAACGGUUUGAUCCGGCUACUAAUCAGUGGUCUUGCGAUGUUGCACCCACUUCAACUUGUCGAACGUCAGUCGGUGUAGCCGUUUUAGAUGGUUUUCUCUACGCUGUAGGAGGCCAGGAUGGGAUUAAUUGCUUGGACGUCGUUGAACGUUAUGAUGCUCGACGGAACGAAUGGACUUGUGUAGCACCUAUGGGAACCCGCCGAUUAGGAGUGUCUGUUUCAGUAUUGAACGGUUGUUUGUACGCCGUAGGAGGAUCAGAUGGACAGUCGCCGCUUAACACAGUGGAAAGGUCAGUUGCGAGAUUUUUAUAA